GGCAGCAUCCCUGCUCUACAGACCGAGCCGGGUGUUUAAAACGGGUGUUCCUUCAUCUGCAGGUUGAGAGUGUUCAUUCCCUGGAGUAUUGUGAGAUGCCCAGCGUCAGCGCUGGAAAUCAUUUCGCCUUUAAUUCUAAAGAAGCCAAGGCUGGCCGCUGCUGCGGCAGAGCAGCUCCUGCUCUCUUCCCUUGUCUUUAUUCGAGCACUAUUCAAAUAAUACUUGCAGAGUAUAGCAGGCUGCCCAGAGAGGUCGUGGAGUCUCCCUCUCCGGAGACAUUCCAAACCCACCCGACCCGUUCCUGUGUCACCUGCUCUGGGUAACCCUGCCUUGCCAGGGGGAUUGGACUGGAUGAUCUCCAGAGGUCCCUUUCAACCCUGACCAUUCUGUGAUUCUGUGAGAAGCGUGAGAUUUGAUUUAUUCCCUUUUUUUUUUUUUUAAUGGAAAACUGAAACAUUGAAAAUCACUAGAACUUAAAGAUAAGUCAAGUUAAAUUCAGAUAUUAAAAUACUCAGAAAAUUAAAAUAGAUUGCCUGAAGCCAAUGAUGGCCAUUUUACUACUUAGUGUGCUGGCAUCAUUCUACCAGAGGUUUCUCUGCUGUUUCCUGGUCCUUAUUAUUAGGCAGUUUACCUGAGUGUGGUGAGUGGACUCUGGGUGGCUGCCAGACCCCCAGCCACCUGCUCUUGCACUCCUCCCUCCUACCUUCAGGGGAAGAAGAUAUGAUGGAAGAAACUCACAGACUUGAGAUAAAGGCAGGGAGAUCAUUUACAAAGUCCAUCACAGCAAAAACAGACAUGGGGGUGACCUCAUAGCAGCUUCCUACAGCUUCCUUAUGAGGGGAGGUGGGAUGGCAAGCACUGAUCCCUUCUCUGUGGUGACCAGUGACAAGACCCGAGGGAAUGGCCUGAAGCUGCAUCAGGGAAGAUUUAGAUGCAUAUUAGGAAAAGGUUUUUCACCCAGAGGGUGGUUGGGCACUGGAACAGGCUCCCCAGGGAAGUGGUCACAGCACCAAGCCUGACAGAGUUCAAGAAGCAUUUGGACAAUGCUCUUGAGUACACGGUGUGACUCUUGGGGAUGGUGCAGGGCCAGGAGUUGGUCUUGAUGAUCCUUGGGGGUCCCUUCCAACUCAGGAUAUUCCAUGAUUCUAACUUGCUGAAAAUAAUUUACCUUAUUGCUAAUUUAAAAAAAAAAUAGAGUAGAAUGGUGAGAAACAAAGAUUAAAACUAAAACACCUUCCUUCUCCCUUCCUUCCCAGGCACUACCUCCUCUGCACCCAAGCACUGCAGGAGAAUGGGGAAUGGGGGUUUCAGACAGGUCAUAAUAGCUGCUGUCUGCUGCUGUUUUCUCCUCAGGCUCUGUCCCUCCCGCAUGGGAUACAGUGGGAUACAGUUCUUCAUGGAUUGCUCCAGGGGGUAUCCCUUCUGCAUGCUGCAGUUCAUGACCUGCUGCAGCAUGAUUCUCCUUCGUGGGCUGCAGUCCUUCAGGAUAAACCUGCUUCCAUGUGGGCUCCUCUCCAUGGGCUGCAGGUCCCUCAGGGCAUCUCCACCUGCUGUGGCAUGGGGUCCUCUAUGGGCUCUGGGGGGACAGCGUGCCUCACUGUGAUCUCCUGUGUGGGAAUCUCUGCCUUGGCACUGGAGCACCUCCUCCUCUCCUUCUCCCUUCAUUGCUGUCUGCAGGGCUGUUUCUCACACUUUUCCCCCAUUACUCCUCUGUCUCACCCACUGCUGCGUAGCCUUUUCUGCCCUUUCUUAAAUACAUUUCCCAGAGUCACCACUGUCUCCAGGGAGUGGCUCAGCUGUUCCCUGGGGUGAAUCCACUGGAGCUGGCUGGAACUGGCUGUACCCAGCCUGGGGCAGCCCCAGCAUCCCCUCAGAGGCUGCUCUGGAGCCCCUGCCAGGAGCACCUGGACACGGAGACCUAGUACACUAAAACACUGCUGUAUUAAAAGAGAUACUGCAAAAGUUUGUGUAAUCAGUAUCUGGGGUUUGUUUUUUUAAAAUCCUUUAUUAUUGGCUAAAUUGCAGAGGUUCUCAGGCCUUCAUCAGAAUAUGUCACUCACCCUACAGUUUUACAACGCUGAGGGUACUUGUUCCAUCCAUUCCUACAGUGUUUAGAUCAAAUUAAAUCUCCAUUUUCUUUUAUAUAUGCAGGUGGUUAUUCGAAGGCUUCCUCCUUGUCUAACCAAGGAACAACUUGAGGAACAGCUACAUCCUCUACCUGCCCAUGAUUAUUUUGAGUUUUGCACUGCUGAUCCCAGAAAUGCUUUGGAUUUUCAGAAUAGCUGUUCUCCACAAUUACACAUGCCUUUAUCCUCAUCUCUACUCAAGAGCAUACCUUAACUUUAAAAAUCCUGAGGACAUCCUUCUUUUUAGAGAUCGCUUUGAUGGCUAUGUCUUCAUUGACAAUAAAGGUUUGGAGUAUCCUGCAGUGGUUGAAUUUGCUCCGUUCCAGAAGAUUUCAAAAAAGAAGCUGAAGAAGAAAGAUGCCAAAGCUGGGAGCAUUGAAGAUGAUCCAGAAUAUAAGAAAUUUUUAGAGAGUUAUUGUGCUGAUGAAGAGAAAAUCUGUGCCAAUCCUGAGAUUCUUUUGGGAGAGAUUGAGGCCAAAACAAGGGAACUUAUUGCUAGAAGAACAACACCCCUUUUGGAAUAUAUUAAAAAUAGAAAAUUAGAAAAGCAGAGAAUACGAGAAGAGAAAAGAGAAGAGCGAAGGCGGAGAGAGUUGGAGAAGAAACGUCUGCGGGAGGAAGAGAAAAGGAAGCGCAGAGAAGAAGAAAGACGUAAAAGGAAAGAAGUGGAGAAGCAAAAGAAAAUUUCUGAAAAAGAAAUAAGGAUCAAGCUUCUCAAGAAACCUGAAAAAGGAGAUGAACUGGCCAGUGAAAAGCACAAAGAUAAAGGUGAAGAAGCUGACAUUGAGGAAAACAAGUGGGAUAAAUCACCUGGAUCUGGGAGUAUAAAAUCCAAGACCUUGGAGAGUUCACUAAAAGAACUUAAGGAAAAGUCACAAAAUGAUAGUGACAAAGAGCAAAGAGAUUUGGAGAGAAGAUUUCGAGAAAAAGAACCUGAAAGACAAAGGUAUCGAUUGGAUGAUGGCAGAAAGCAUAGAACUCACUAUGAGUUUGACAAGUUUAUGAGGAGGAAUGAAGAAGAGCUGAAAUGGGGGAAAGGAUACAACCAAGACAGAGGAAAGAAAGGGAACUACAACUACAGCUUCACUGUGGAGGCAGUAGACAAACUGGGUAAAGAGGACAAGUGUGAUGACAUGGCAUCCAAAAAGGAGCGCAUAAGAAAUAAGGAUCGCCCAGCCAUGCAGUUAUACCAGCCAGGAGCUCGCAUCCGAACACAUAUGGGACCUACAAGUAAAACCUAUGACUGCAGUGGGAAAUCCUUUGAAGAUGCUCUUGAUAAAAAGUAUGAGGCAGAUAAUUCAGCUGGAGCUGAGAAGACUGAAGAAGGAGAAUAAAACAAACUGGAGGAAAGUCUUGUGAAAAGAGAUGAAUAUAAGAUUCAGUGUCAUCAUAGAAAAAUCCAUUGGGCUGUUUCAGAACUCCACAGGCAAUUGCACCAACAAAACUAUAAUAGCUCUGCCUCUUACUUUCUGUAAAAUAAAGGGAAGAGUAACUGGAAAUAUAUAAAGUAUCUUAAAGCAAAGGAAUAUUGUUGCAUUUUUACAAAAAGCAGCACAAGCGCUAUUUGCCUAAUUUAAAAGCAGUUCAAAUAUUUUAUUAUAUUUACCUUGAAAUGGAAAACCUCUAACAGUUUUAAAGGAGUAUUUAUAUAAGACUUUACAUAAGCUAUUCCACCUUUUCAGCUCUGAAGAAAUGAAAUAUAAAUUUGCAUCAGUUUGAAAUCUGAGGCACUUUAAAUGUAUUUGGUGCAUGACAUGAGGGUCACAGGACUCCUUUCUGCAAAUGGCAGCAGCAGAGGCUGGUGCAGGGAGUUGUGGUCAGACUCGGUGUGACCGGUCCUGGGAGGAAGCUCCAGAGCCAGUGGUGUUUGCAGGAUGAGGCCCACAGUUUGCACAGUUGUGAGGAAUGUCCAUUGGUAUCUGUACCUCAUUGUGUUUACAUUGGUUUUGAAUUAACUAUAGCGUCAGAUAAGUGUUGGUAAAGUAUGUUGUUAAAGACUUUGUCAUUUUCUGAGCCACUUUUGCCUUUUAUUUUUUAAUGGAUUUUUUGUGCUUAAAAUAGAAGAAAGCUAACGCAAACCUCAGCACUGGUUUUAAUGAAUUAGCUGUUUUUUAUGGUUUUGACACUGACUUUUGGAAAAAAAAAGUGGUUGUACAGUGAUGAUAUUUUAUAUGCUAAUGUUUCAUAUAAGUUGCAGUUACACGAUUUGGAAACUGUAUGAUACAUGAACAUUCUGCAGUUCUGUUUGUUAAAAAAUUAAACACACAUGAAUGUCAAUUGCACACUACCAUUUUGUAAGAUGUAGGACAAAUUCUGCCCUCUGAGGCAGGCACAUAUACAUAUAUAUAUAUGUGUGUGUGUGUAUGUGUAUCUUCCAUUGGUUUCAAUGAUAGCCAUGUGUUUAUGGAAGGGCAGAAUAUGUUCCAUUUAUCUUUCAUGGCUGAAAAUUUCUCAGUUGUCUAAAACUGAGACCUGCUUUAUUCCUGAAGUUAAAUAGCAAGAUAUUAAUUUAUUUUUACAUUCUUUGAACAUUUUACUAGUAAGUGUAACAUCUAGUUGUUCUAGACUGAAAAAUUAUUUAUUGUAUUUUCCCAGAUACCAAACAUUAAAUAGAAUAAAAGCAAAAAAGAUUUUGACUAUGAUUUUGAGAUGCGAUAUUCUGCUAUUUUUUCAUCUAUUACUCCAGAAAAAUUACGAUGUUAUUAUGCUGCUUUGUAUGCUUCAGAAGCAGAUAAAAAUACAGUUAAGAAUUUUAAUAUCAAGCUGCCAAAAUUACUUCAAGAUUAAGUAAAACUGCUGCUAGAGAAUCAUUUGGGGUUAGUUCCAUCUAAAUUAAGGAACUCUUGGGAUUUCUUAUUCAGCGCCUACUGGCAUCUAUUCCUUCCACAUCUGGAGGCAGGGGGAGCAGUAGAAAGUACUGGCCACCACACCAGGAUUUGAGCAUUUCUGUAGCCAGCUAACACUUGUAUGGCCAAAUAACACAUGCCACAAGCAGCUGAGGAGAGAUGGGAACAGCAAGGCAGCCCGGGAACACCAGGAGCACAGGGUGCAUGGGGGCGCUGCCCGCAGGCUCUCUGCUGAAGUGUGACCCCGAGUGGAGGAGAAAUGUGUCCUGCCAACAGAGGAAACGCCUCGCUGAGCUUCCCCUCUCUGUGCUGGUGGCCGUCUCGGGCAGUGCCAGCAGGACCUGUGGGAGCAGGAAUCGGCCUUGGGAUGGGAGCUUGUGCUGCCAGCCAUAUCUUCAGGGAAGACUGCCUGCUGGAGUCGAGCAUGUUAUCUCAUGGUAAUUCUGUAAAACACAAUGACUAAAGAAGCAGAACACAUUUCCAAGUCCACGGCCCAAUUUCUCCUGCUCAGGAAUGCAGCAGGGCCUGAGCCUGCUUCCCUUACUGGGGCAGCUGGACGGGAGGAGCUGCCACCUGCUCUGUGCUCACUCAUUCCUUUAUGCUUCUCCCGAUGACACCAAAUAAACGCAGGCUCACAGCCUGCCUUUGUGUGAACUCAGCGUGCUGUGAGAGCUUCAUUGCCACAAUAGUAACUUUGUUUUGCAAAUUCAGCUUAGCUGAAAGUAGAGACAGCAUCCCCAUGGAAUGGGAAUUGUGUCUGAUUACAUCGCAGCUGACUUGGGUGCCAUCUGUUUUCUUGCCUUUAAAAUAUAAUGUUCUUCAUUUAAUAAUUAAAAAAAAAUUAAAAUAAUGUGUUCUACAUUUAAUAUUACCCACUCGAUAGCUUCACUGAAUUUCUGUUGUCCUGUUUCUUAUGGAGUCCCAAAGUCUGACAUUUAGGAAUAUGGAAAUCACCCUGUCUGUCUGUCAAAUGGAGAUUGGGCUUCAUUCUGUCCUGAGCUAUUGGGGAAACUGACGUGGAAUGUCAAUGUUCAGUAGAUAAACCUGUAUUUGUGCCUGAUGCAGUUUUAAAUAGAAGCUUAUUCAAUUCCAAAACAUUGUACUGACAUCACAUUCAGUUUUUAAAUACAUUCUGUCACUUCUUUUCAUUUAAAACCAAAUGGCUGGAAGUUGUUUUCGGAGAGUCUUUACAGGUCGAUGGCUCAUCUCACCAGCCGUGGUUAAGCUAACACUGCUUUUCGUGCAGUUUCCCUGCUGGCCUCUACUUGCAGCAUUAGUCCUGAACAGCCCAAACAAAAGCCUGAAAUAUUUACAGGACAAAACCCACUUACUAUGCACAAAAUGAUACUGAACAUCAAAAUAACACACGCUUAAAAAAGGAAAAAGGUACUUCCCAAACCGGAUGGAAUGUUAAAAAUCAGUGGGAAAUACGACUUGUGAGUUGGUGGUGCUGUUUGAGUCUUCAAUGAUGAGAGGAGCAACUUAAAAUUCUCAAAUUAUUUUUAUUCAUUCUAUAAUGGUUUCAUUUGAAAGAAAGAAUAUGUGAAACAAAUGGGAAACCUAUUGAUUCUUAUCUGAUCAUUUCCAAGUGACUUAGAGGCAUGCACUCUGUCUUCUCCACAUCCACUUGGGCUUUUCAUUGAUGUUCUUCUUGGAAGACUGAAAAUGUCAUCUUAUUACCAAGUGGUGGUUUCUUUGUUAACAGUUUAACUCUCCCAAACCUCUUCACUGCUACAUAACUAAAAAAUAAAUAUUUUCCAGAUAUAAUUUGUGGUUUACACUUCAUUAGGCUACAUUCUGAU